GAGUGAGUGAGUCGUUAAGACUUUUAGAGAGAGAGAGAGAGAGAGAGAGAGAGAGAUGGGCGAGCUUCAUCACUCCAUGUCCAUGGCUUUCACAAACAGUAGCCUUCACAGCUCUUCCCUAGGUUGGGAUUGUCACAGCCACCUUGGAGUCCUCAACACAGACAGAAUGUCUUUAGCUAUGGAAGAGUACAUGAUGAUGAAUGUAGCAUUUUACUCAUCGCCUCAUGUAGAUCAGUCGGAUUUCUCGACGGGGUACUUAGAAGACGCUUUGGUUGAAUUUAGCGAGCGAUCCAAAAGAAGACGCUUGCUCGCGUAUACCGAUGGUGAUAACGAGCUCAAAGACUCCUCCACUGCUCUUCUUGCGAAGGGGUACUGGAAUUCAGACUGGGAAGUGUCUGAGAAUUUUGAUUGCAUGAGCCAGCUAACUACUUCCAGUUCUGGGCCAUCAGUUCUUCUAGGUGAUCCUGUAAGUAUAACCACACCAAUGAGCAGACUCGUGUCCGAAGAGAUCACAAACGACAUAGUCGGCACAAAGAUAAACACACCAGAAGAGCCAACAAUGUCAGCUCCCGAAGCUUUUGAUUCCUCCUCUUCUUCUUCUAGCAAAGACGCGGCCAACACCAACUCUGAUUAUUUACCUGCUCCCAAAGAAACUUUUUUAACCAAUAUUGCUGUUCCAGCUGUAGGUGGUGGUGGUGAUGAGAAGAAAAAAAAGAAGAGGGUGAUAACAAGGGUGGUCUAUCCAUUUGCGUUGGUGAAGCCGGGCGGAGUAGAGGGCGACGUGACCUUGAACGACAUCAAUGAGAGAAUCCUAAUGCCGCCAACACGGCCAGUACGACACCCAGUUGGGGACUUUGCGUGUCGACCAUGCGUGUCUGCCGAUGGCCCUGGCCUUUCUGGCAAAGCUGUGGUGGCCCUUACCAGGAUUCAAACCCAGGGCAGAGGCACAAUCACUAUUAUCAGAACCAAAGGUUAAAUUAAUCAUUGUCAUCUAAUUAGUGAAUGGCCUCGGUGCUAGAUAUACUUAGCAUGCAUGAGUUCGAUCCAUCUUUGAUUAAUUAGUUAAUUAGUUUAAAUUAAUAUGUUCGAUCUCUGUGAAUUGUAUAGAAAACCCUAUAUAUGUUUCCACAGUCCAUGUGUAACAUGCAUGUGUUAUGGGUUUACUUUUACGUACACAUAAUUAAGAAUUGUUAUUUACUAA